AGCCACCAAAGCCCGCACUUUGUGAAGGGAGUACCGAAUAGUUUGGCCCUCAGUGUUCAGUCUGUGUUGAGCUUGGCAACCGAGAAGAAGAUCAGAAAGUAGUAAUAAUAGUAAUCGUUCGUUAUUUGUAAUACUGACGAUAAUUACCAACAGUGACAACGCUUGCAUUGAACUGAAUACCGCACAAAACCAGGAUGACUACCCAGACUGCCAUCGAUACCAAUUGCAUCACGCUGACGAGGUUCAUCUUGAACGAGCAGCGGAAGCAUCCCCACGCAACCGGAGAGCUGACGAUGCUCAUGAUGGGCAUCCAGACAGCCGUCAAGAGCAUAUCGAACGCUGUCAGAAAAGCCGGCAUAGCUUCUCUAUAUGGAUUGGCCGGCAGUGUCAACGUUCAAGGCGAAGACGUCAAGAAAUUGGAUGUUCUGUCGAAUGACCUCUUCAUCAACAUGCUGUCUUCCUCGUACUCGACCUGCCUCAUGGUUUCAGAGGAAAACAAGACCGUCAUCGAGGUCGACAAGGAACGUCAUGGAAAAUACGUAGUGUGUUUCGAUCCUCUGGAUGGCUCUUCCAACAUAGACUGCUUGGUGUCAAUUGGCUCUAUUUUCGGCAUUUAUAGGAAAACUUCCGAAGGAGAUCCUACCGAAGCGGAUGUCCUGCAGCCUGGAAACCAGAUGGUCGCAGGAGGUUACGCUCUGUACGGCUCUGCAACCAUGAUGGUGUUCUCCACCGGCAAUGGCGUCAACGGAUUCAUGCUCGAUCCAAGCAUCGGAGAGUUCGUUUUGACAGAUCCAAACAUGAGAAUAAAGGAGAAAGGUAAAAUCUACAGUCUCAACGAAGGCUACGCCAAUAUGUGGGAUCCAGCUGUUGCCGAAUAUGUCCAAAACAAAAAGGCACAAAAGGCAGGAGCUAGGUAUAUAGGCUCUAUGGUAGCUGACGUUCACAGAACCAUAAAAUACGGAGGCAUCUUUAUGUAUCCGGCAACAGCUGAUUCUCCAAAGGGAAAGCUCCGAUUGCUUUACGAGUGCAACCCGAUGUCCUUUGUGGUUGAACAAGCCGGAGGAAAGGCGAGCACAGGCAAAAUGCCAAUCUUAGAUAUUCAACCAACUGAGAUCCACCAACGCACUCCAGUCAUCUUGGGUUCGCCUGCUGAUGUGCAAGAAAUGAUCGAUCUGUAUAAGAAACACAACCUUUAAAUGCCCGUUUUAUACAUUUUCAUCGCUGUGCUACUCUUUCCUAUUGGAAGGUUCAUAGCUACAGCUUCUUUAAAGUAAGAAGUAACACUCCACUUCUGAAAACAGAAAGGGCUUUGUAUAAUGGAAGGUGACUUUUCUUAUUUGUUAACUGCAGUGUAUGUUCUUCAAGAAAAUUUCUUGUCUCUCUUAAAUAUAAAAUGAAUUUCGUUA